AUGCCAGCAGUGACACCGUCUCCUUUGGCAUAUUGCCCAAUGGAUCAUGUUGCUCCGAGCCACACUUUGUUUCCAUCGUCUCGUGGCCAACAUCAAGAUUCCAGUUGUUUCAGAAAUCCUUCAAGGGGCGAUCCGUUUGCUGGUGUUAUGAACGGUACGAACAUACCACUCCAGUUGCCAGCCAAAGGUAUGCCUCAUGAUGGGAUCCAUGAUUCGACAUGGAAUUCUCCGUUUCAACAAGGUCCUCGUGUCAGAAUUGAUUCUACCCCUUGUGGUCCGUCACCUUUUGCUGGUCAUCGUCCCACGACGUCACCGGCAAUGGGGUUACCCACACCGGUGCACGACCAACAGAUGUUUCCCGCCUCCCCAGGGCUGCCUAUGCAUCAGAUGUAUCCACAUUUGCAUCUGCCAAUGUCUUACCAACUGGGGUAUGAUGGUACGAUAUAUCCGAUGAGUCAUUAUCCAACCCACCCAGCAUUCCAUACCAAUAAGCCGAAUUCUCGGUCCAAAUAUACCCUCAUGUGUUUGGCAAGUAUUAAUUCGGAAAUGGAGCGUCGUUGUUGUCCUCCAGAGUUGAAAGCGAUUGGAUAUUGGUUGGUGCAUCCACUUCCUCCUACUGUGGGCGUGGUCCGUACCUUCCUUGGUGAUCAAGCGGCAACUGAUGUGCUCCAAUUUGGAUUACCAACUGCAAUUGGACGACGAUGUCUGGAAGGUUUUGAUUACAAAAACCAUGGUCAAGUUGCCGUGAAUAUUGUUUGCACUGCUCUUGAGUACCGCAUCAAACACCAAUUUGGAUCUUUUUCGCAAGUUGGAGAACUCCAGCGUGACCUACGGUCUGUGAUGAACAGUGAAUUUGUCAAAAGCAGUUUUAAUAUUGCUACUUGGGGAGUGAAUCCUGACAAUGCUCCACCUCCAGGAACAUCUAAACAAUUUUCUUUGCUGGCGUUCCUUCCGUGCGUUUCGGAAAACCUUUCUUCUGAAUAUCUCCCACGUGACGGUCUUACAUGGCAGCAGAUGAAAGAAUUCGCCAUGGUGACAUACUAUCACUUUGCACUUUUGGGAUGCACAAAUCCGACAUCGGACAACGGUGAUUAUGACAAUUCACUAUUUCGGAAUUACCUUUUUGGCCAUUGUUUGGGAUACAUCUGUCAAUGCGUUCAAAACACAAACUUGGGACAUCGGUGGGAUCAGACGCCGGCGCAGUGUACUGCUGCGUACUUUCGUGAUUUGAGUGAACUGUUCUCGCCUAUCUCUUGA